ACCAUGCUUGGCAGGGCUUUACUUUUUAUAUUUUCGUGGGCAAAGGGCACUGAGCGCUGGCAUCUCACAAGGAAAUAUUUGCUUGUGUUUCAGGUGCCCAGCUGCGGAUCAUCCACCUGCUAGUGGAACUCCGCCACCAGAACCGUGAGAUGCAGCACGAGACUAUGCAGCUGAGGCUGGAUGUCCAGCAGCUGUCGGACCAAAUAGCAGCUCUAGAGGUGCCAACGGGGCAAGCUGCACCGAUCCCGACGGCUGCGAUUCUUCCACGGGAACUUCCGAGGCUGCCAGCCAGCACCCUGGAGGAGCUGGAAGCAGCGGAGGCAGCCAUUCACGACGAGGCUGUAGCCACAGUCUUGAAGGAGCAGCUCCUCAGAAUUGGAGGGAGAACACUGCUGGAAACGACAGCAAACGUCAUGAAAGGUUUAAUGGGCCACUCUGUCCAAGUCCUAUUUUCACUGUACGGGCGGAAGGGGAAGAGGCCAUUUAACAGCAUGCAGCUGUGCAGAGUUGCAAUUGAUGCCAUUUGCGAGAAGCAAGCCGUGGAUAGGACGACGGCCCUGGCCGUCAUCGGCAAGUGGCUGCCCGGGUCUGUGGACCGGGGCGGUGGAAGAAAAAGGAGGUUUGCGGCAAUGAUUGCCGAACCUUCCGCCCAGCUCUCCGCCGAGCCCUCCGCCCAGCCUCCUGCAGAGCCUGCUGGCAGUGCCAUCAUCUACAUCAGCUCUCCAGCCACCGCUCAACACGCCACCCAAAAGGGUCUCGUGGUCAGCGUAGUUUUGAGGGCAGUAGCGGCGAUGUCCCUGCUCACUCUCAUCACACACCCUCAAGUAGUUGUGCAAGUAAACGCAUGCCCAGACAACGGCGGCCUCUAG